AUGUUCUGGAUAAUUUUUUCAGUCUUCUUUGCAGUUUUAUUUUCUAUAUUUUUCUUGAUCCCUGACUCAUCAAACAAAAAAAAUGACUAAAAUAAUAUGUAAAAUAAGCUAAAUGAAUCUUCUAAAAAGUAGCAAUUAUCAAGCAUUCAAAAAAAUAUGAAUUCUUAAUAUAGCACUUAUUCUAAGAUUCUAGUUGAAAUGAGUUAAAAAAAGUAAAAUGAAGUUAACAAUAAUCAAAAGAAGAAGGUUACAAUUCACUUAAAUGGUCUUUUGAAAUCUCCUAUUGAAGCAUCCUUAUUCAUUUCUCAAAUAAAAAGCGUUUUUGAUGAACAUUAGAUUCUUUUUGUUUAUUCUACUGAGGAUUGUGAUUAAAUAACAUAAAAAUUAGUUGAAUCUUUAAAGCAAGAAUUUAAAAAAGCAAGUUUUAUUAAUAGCAAAACUACUGAAGGUAUUUAGUCUGUUUUAAGAUAAUUAAAUCCUAGAUUACAUAUAGAAUCCUAAACUAAUGUAGUAGCAGUUAUGAAGUAGCAUUUGCUUAGAAUAGUAUAUAUAUGCAGUGAAAAAUCUAAAUGGGAUAAUCUCUCAAAUUUAUAUAACUAAAAGAAUAAUAUUUACUUUAAAGAAGAUUAUAAUGAUGCAAUCAAUAGUAUAUCUUAAUUGUUAAAGCAAAAUUGA